UAUUCAAAAAUAUUAUGCCGAAAAAGUCUGAGGCGUCAGAGCACAAUAAACCCUAAAAUCGGUUGCUGGACAGUAUCGCGUAUUUAAGCUUCUGGAUUGAAGUAGUUAAGCCGGUUGAAUUAUCAAGAAGGGCUGAAUAUUAUUGUGUAAUGGAGUUGGGUAAGAAGGCAGUGGAAUUUGCCAACAGAGCAGCAAGCAACGACACCGUGGUCAACGUGUUCCUGGUGGGUGCGUUUGCAGGGCUCACCGUUAGAUCAUUCAACCAGCAACGGCAUAUCGAAACGCUAGAAUCCCAAAGGGAUUCGCUUGUGAAAUCCAACAAGUCAAUGCGACAGACCAUUUGGGACUGGAAGCAGAAACUCUAUGCUGAUGCUGAGGCUGACAAAAAACCUGUCGUUCCACUUUCCAAACUUAAGUCCAUUUAUGGUGAAGUUGCACUAGUUCCUCAAUCUGCGGAGAAGACAGACGGAAAAGCAUCUGCAACUAAGAUCAUGAUCUGAGUGUCUUCUUCCAGGUGGGCGUGGAUGAGCAUUGGAUCAAUUUUCAUAAAUAGUUACUACUGACUGAUGAUGACAUAUUAAUCCUUGUUGCCUGACCGCUAAACGAUGCUUCAGUUUUGUACACAUAAUGCUCGCUCGCUUAUAAAAAAGAGUUAUCAAACAUACAUAUUUAAUCUUCUUGAUAUGGAUAUUAUUAAGUUUGAUGGUGAGAAAUAAGGUUAUCAUUUUUGCAUCUUAA